GCAGUAUUCAUUCCUUUCUAAGACACCAUACUAAAUAUACACAUAACGAUUUCCGCUUAACCAGCACAAACCAAAUUCUUGAAACAUGACGUCUUCAACUACAUCACAUAUCCAAUUCACAAAACCAUCCCAAUACAAGGAAUCCAAACCAAGGAUCUAUUCUUUUGUCCUUUUAAUAACUUAAAAAAUUCCCUUUUUUUAUUUAGUAAUUUUAUUAGUGUUCAAUCGUUUUUAAAAACAUUUUAAUAGUUAUAAAUUGUAAUAAUUUCGUUUUACAUUUCAAUAUUGAAUUGUAACUUACAGUUAAUUUCAAAAGUACACAACCAGACGCCAAAAUGGGAUAUCCAGCAAUGCUACUGGGAUUUACCUGGUUAGUUAUGAUCAAUAGUAUUGGAUUCGCUGCGGUCUUGCCGAUGAACCACAUUAUAGAGAACUCAAUUUCAGAUGAACCGACAUUUAGAGCAGGUAGUGAAAAAAAUACAGCAAAAUAUGAACUUAAAGAUUGGGUAAUGGUAAAAGCAACGCCUUCAGACCCUAUUCGAGUUCCUCCCGGUGGCAGGGUUGAACUUGAAUGUACGGUUUUCGGUAGCCCUGUGCCUCAAGCACAAUGGAAUCGUGGAAUACAACUCAACCAGAUUACAUUAGGUCCAAACGAAUUCGAAGAUUCUGGUGAAUUUCAAAGUGUUGGUAAAGUUACAGUAAGACAUGUAAUUGACUGUGUCCAACCACAUCACCAAGGUGUUUAUACAUGUAGUGGUCAAGCAAGAGAUCAGACAAUGGCAAGUGAUCCAGUCGCAAUUUCAAUUGAAGGCAGGGCAGUACAGUGUUCCAGUGGUAAAACUAGAAUUGUAAAGUGGAGUCCAAUCAUAACGCAAAUGAUAGGCUCAACUGUAGUGAUACCUUGCGUGGUAACAGACACUGCACCGUACAGACAAUAUUGGAAAGACAACUUUGGUAACAUAAUAGACACUGACAACGAUUCAAGACGCAAAUUGGGUCCCGAAGGAGAGCUAAUUUUAAACAACUUAAGCUGGUCAGACAUGGGUGAAUAUACUUGUGUUGCGGAAAAUGCUAUUAGCCGAGAUAACACGUCUACUUUCCUUUAUCCAAUGCUACCUAAUGUUUAGACAUUACACGUAGAUACACCAUAGGAAAUCAUCUGUAAUCUCUUAACAAAAUUUUCUCUUAAUGUUCAAAUAUUAUAGUAUUGUAAUCAGAAAUGAUUUAUUCAAUUAUAUAACUUAUUAUAGGCGCUUAUAGGAUCAUUAAUAAUUGUCCAAUAUUGAAACGACAUUAAGUUAUAUCGAUUAGUCCUAGAACCUUACUGCUUUAAUAGUCGAAUGCUUAUACUAUGUAUCGUAGUCGUAAACCAUUGAGUAUUUAUUGUUUAUUUUAUUAUUUUUUAAGUAUAAUAUUCCUUGUCUGCAUUGAGUCUCGUAUUGUUUUAUGGUUUGUGCAAUAAAUGUAGAUUGUUAAAAACUCAAACUUAAGUAUUUUA